AUGGUGUUUUUAGGAUACCUUCAGAAGACUCCACAAUUUUGUGUGGUCGAUAGCAAUACUACCGAUACAUCUGCCACUGUCAAGGAUCACGGCCAUGGCAGAGAAAAAGGGGAAGAAAAUGUUUCGGGGCCUUUAUUGGGUUUAUUGGGACCGGCCACGAGGAUUUUGAGGACGGGCGCAGAUGUCCUCAACAAUAAAUUACAACAAGUACGGGAUGGGUUGACGGAGGAAGAAAGGCUUGCGCUGCGCAAGAAGGAGGAGAGAAUACAGAUCUUGCAUCUACGAUUGAAGAAUGCGGAGACGAUGGAGACUUGGAGGAGUGCAGCGAAAGAACUAGAUGUUCUCGAGGAUAAUGAAACAUGGAAACUCGGUUCAUCGUCACCCGAUUUCGACGCUUUGUUGAUCGAAGCGAGGACUAAACAAAUGGAUACGGCGAGGAUUGAUUGUGAUAUCAAGAAGAUGCUUACGUUGGUGCGCACAACUUUGUCGAGGGAUCUAGGAGGUAUGGGCAACAUCAGAUUGUACAAGCAUAGUUAUAUUGGAACGAAGGAUCUCAUUGAAAGGUAUAUUGAGUCGACGUUGGAUACGAUACGCGCAUUGGUUGAAACUAGCAAGUUCACUUUGCCGGAUGGAUUGGAGACGAAGGAUAUAUUGGAGCAGGUUGUGUAUGCUAGACAAGCUUUUGGGAGAAGUGCCCUGUUAUUGAGUGGGGGAGCGACUUUUGGUAUGAAUCAUGUCGGGGUCUUGAAGGCUCUUUUCGAAGCUCAUCUACUGCCAAGGAUCAUAUCCGGUGCUUCAGCGGGUAGCAUCGUCUGUGCUGUGUUGUGCACGAGAACCGAUGAAGAGAUCCCGGAUGUGUUGAAGGAUUUUCCGCACGGAGAUCUUGCAGUGUUCGAAGAGAAUGGGAAUGAAGAUGGGGUUCUGGACAGACUUCGACGCUUAUUGACAGAAGGGGCUUGGAUUGAUAUCAAACACUUGACGAGGGUCAUGCGGGAACUUUUGGGAGACAUCACGUUUCAAGAGGCUUACAAUCGUUCUCGUCGCAUUCUUAACAUAUGUGUCUCAACUGCCUCGGUAUACGAAUUGCCUCGACUUCUCAACUAUGUUACUGCGCCGAAUGUCAUGAUCUGGUCAGCGGUAGCGGCCUCGUGUUCAGUACCUUUUCUAUUUUCUGCAGCAGAAUUACUUAUGAAGAAUCCACUUACAGGAGAGAGUUCAUCUUGGAAUCCUACACCUCAACGUUGGAUUGAUGGAAGUGUGGACAACGAUUUACCGAUGACUCGAUUGGCUGAAAUGUUCAAUGUCAACCACUUCAUCGUUUCUCAAGUCAAUCCUCAUGUCAUUCUAUUUAUCGCCAAGGACGAGGAAGCGAUCAAGGAAGAUGUACAAAAAGAUGGGAAUGGAGGACCAGGCUGGGUCUAUAACCUUACGAAUCUGGCGAAAGCUGAAGCUCUCCACCGUAUGCAGGUCUUGGCUGAAUUGGGAGUAUUUCCAAAUUUGGUUACUAAAUGCAAGUCUAUCCUGAGUCAAAAAUAUUCCGGGGAUAUUACAAUCCUACCAGAAAUCAAUUAUAAGGACUUUCCUAGGAUACUGAAAAAUCCAACAUCGGAAUUUAUGGUUCAGGCAUGCUUGUCUGGGGAAAGGGCUACUUGGCCAAAAGUAAGUCGCGUGUGGAAUCACUGUGCUGUGGAGCUGGAGUUAGAUGCUGCUGUUCAAAAUUUGAGAGCAAGAGUAGUUUUCAGUCCUAGUGAGGUGAAUCUGAGGCGGCUGAGGAAUGGCGACGACUCUCGACAGUCUAUGAGAAGAAGGGGGAGACAGAGGACUAAUAGUGGAAAUUUGCGACUGAUGUCGCGGGAUGAAGAUGAUGGAUUUACAGAACAAAAUAGGAAACGAAGAAGUCCGUCUCACCCACCAUUCAGAGCAACGGCUUCGGUAUUAGAUAUUAGGCAACGUCAACAAUCUUCCGCUGGACAUACUAGACCUCGUUCCGCGCAGACCACCCCUCAGCGUACGCCACGAUUAGGACGAGAAAACGAUAUAUUCCGCUUCCCCAUUCCUUCAAAAGGCUUACUUCAAAUCAAAGGUCGGAUUCCAGACCUCUCAUCCGCUGGAGAAACAACACUUUCGCCUCCCAGCUCUGAUGCCGAUGUCGAAUCACAAACCGAUGAAAGUAGCGCGGAAAACGAAUCCGAGGAAGCUAUAUAUGCCAUAGCUAGCUUAAUUCGCGAAAGACAACUUGAUCUCUUUUCCAAAAAUCAGCCCAUUACUCCUGGCACGGAUCGAGUUCUUGCUACAUCUCCCUCCUUUAUCAAAAACGCCUCGGGCUUUACAUAUUCGCCCACCGCCAUUUCACCAAUUGAAAGGAGACCAAGAGGGGAAAUAAAGAGUGUCACUGAACCGAAUAGUCCGGUAUUCAGCUAUAAGAGAAUAUUUCAUCAGUGGAAAGAAGAUGAUAUGAGGGACGCUGCAUAG